GUGUCUCAAGGCUUUUCCCGCUGAGUAGGGUUCAACGUGUACUUGAAGGGACAAAGCAGCCCUACAAUCAAAUGAUUUAAAAGGAAAGGGGAAAAAAAGCUGCUGUCUGAUCUCCGAAUCACGCUUUCAACACUCUGAGUGAUGCGCCUCAUCCGAGGCAAAGAUCAAAGUUGAUUUCAAGACAUGGAAGUGCUUCUGUCGUUCAUCAAACAUUUCCUAGCAGAUGAAACUUGAUGUCAGUAUGGGGUCAAACAUCCCGUAAAUGUUUCACUAACUUUGCUUCUGUCAGCAUGUCAACGCGGCAUACAUGAAUAUCUCUUCAAGGAGAGAAAACUGGGAACUGGUGUGGUGCAACGAUGUAGCUGCUGGAUGUGACUUACACGUGGCUCAUGAUUUAAAACAGGUUGACCGAAAUCAGCAUGGAAGAGAGGUUAUCUGCUUUGAUCUGGAUAUAUAAUAACACGGCGGAGGAACUGAACACUUCAUUCAGAAACGCCACUGCAAGUGGAAACUCCGAAAAGUACCAGUUUUACAUGAUCGGCCUCUUCCUGUCCUGCCUGUACACGAUCUUUCUGUUUCCUAUUGGAUUUAUCGGGAACAUCCUAAUCUUGGUGGUGAACCUGACCCACAGAGAGAAGAUGACCAUUCCCGAUCUCUACUUUGUCAAUUUGGCCGUGGCCGACCUCAUCCUGGUGGCGGACUCCCUCAUCGAGGUCUUCAACCUGAAUGAGAAGUACUACGACUACGCCAUCCUCUGCACCUUCAUGUCCCUCUUCCUGCAGAUCAACAUGUACAGCAGCAUCUUCUUCCUGACGUGGAUGAGCUUUGACAGAUACAUCGCCUUGGCCAGCUCCAUGAACAGCUGCCCGCUGAGGACUAUGCAGCACGCCAAGCUGAGCUGCGGCCUCAUCUGGAUGGCCUCCAUCCUGGCCACGCUCCUACCCUUCACCAUAGUGCAGACCCAACACAGGGGCGAGGUGCAUUUCUGCUUCGCCAACGUCUUCGAAAUCCAGUGGCUGGAGGUGACGAUCGGUUUUCUAGUCCCCUUCUCCAUCAUCGGUCUGUGCUACUCCCUGAUCGUUCGAAUCCUCAUGAGGGCCCAGAAGCACCGCGAGCUGUGGCCCAGGCGUCAGAAAGCGCUGCGCAUGAUUGUGGUGGUGGUGCUGGUGUUCUUCAUCUGCUGGCUGCCGGAAAAUGUCUUCAUUAGCAUCCAGCUGCUUCAGGGCACAGCAAACCCAUCAAAGAGGACUGCUACCACCCUGUGGCACGACUACCCACUCGCAGGCCACAUUGUUAACCUGGCAGCGUUCUCCAACAGCUGCCUUAACCCCAUUAUCUACAGCUUUCUCGGGGAAACCUUCAGGGACAAGUUGCGUCUCUUUGUCAAGCAGAAGGCCAGCUGGUCAGUGGUGAAUUGCUUCUGCCACCAUGGCCUUGAUUUACACCUCCCUGUCAGGGGUAAAGUUUCAGAGGUGUGACUGCAAUCAUAAGGGAAGUGUUUUUUUUUUUUUUUUUACAGAGCCUACGCCAUAAAGUUUUCCAUAUUCAAGUUAGAUGUUGAUUCUCUUUGGGGUUGUUCAGCUUCAUUCGGUUGCGCCGCCAGAAAUUUGCUCGCUUUAUGAACAAAAGAAAAAAAAACUUUCAAAUAGGGAUAAAAAGAGAAUUGUGUUUUUGGGAAAAAUAAGAUGUGAUUUUAUGGAAGUGUUUGUUUUUGACAAUUGGACAUUUUGGCCGUGCAGAUUCUCAGUCACCAAGUCAUGGCAACUACAACAGGCUGAAAUCGAAGCCAACCGGACUUUUGCUUUUUGUGAAUCCGCUUCGUCACCUUUCCAGGAGUAUUUGUCAAUUCCCGCCCUCGUAGAUGAGUGAGCCUCCAGAAUUGAUACUACUUCCUGGAUAUGUGAGGAGAUGUCAGGGGAAAAAAAGUUAAUUUGGCUUGGAUUUUAGCCUGUGGUACUCAUAAGAUAUUUCCUUUGGAAAGUGUUUCCACUGGCAAAGACAAAGGGAAUUGAUUCCCGCAACAAAGAGGACAGCGUUUGCACAAGACACGUUAAAAAAAAAGAAAAAACAACAAAAAAAACAAGGCAUUGUAUGCUUUGCCACCCAAGAUGCAGGCCUCCCAGGACAUUUUCUGGGUAAGAAGGAUCACCUGUGAGAAAUCAAAGCCUGCUUUAGAGUCAAAGCCGUCUCAUAGAGGAAGUGCUCCAUCACACUAAAUCUAAUCAGGUUACCUAUUUGAGCUACUGGAGCUAGAAGGGUCAUUUCAAUUACCUAAAUCACAUGUCCCUUCCAAUAUGAGAAGUAAAAAUGGCCUUCAUGAAGACGCUUACACAUGUGCACCAUCCACAUUACCCAUGCGGCUUUACAAACACCUAUCAGUCAAAGACACAGCAAAUACAGUCUGUAUUUUCCAUGCCUCUAACACAAUGCUCUAACUCUGCUUUGCUUAACAGAAGAUGUCAUCAAAUAGAGUCAAAAUCUUUGCUGAACGAUGCCAAAUAAAUGUUCACAUCCUUGUUCUGUUUCCGAUUCCCCAGGGGUAUCAGCCCAAACGCCUUGAAAACACAAUGUUUUGUAUAUUAUGUAUUGCUAUUUAUGGGCAUAAGAAUUUGUUUUUUAGAUCACCGUCAUGUUUUGAGAUGACUUAAUCCUUGAGGCACUUAUUACAUUUUGACCAUAUUGUUUCCUUGGUCUGUGGCCUUCAGCUAAAAAUGUUUGAACAUAUUGCAGAAAACGUUAGAAUUAUUCAAAGGGAUUAAAAGCUGGCUUUUGAUCCAUUUUUUUCAGAUCUUGUUAAGUUUGAGGGUGGUGAGAAGAGGCAGGUGUUGUUUUGCAUGGCAAGAUAAAUGCCGACAAAACACAUUCAUCAAUGCUGGCAACAUGGAGCUGCUUUAUUCUCUAAUAAUACAUUUAAAACAAGGAUCCACAUUCAGUAAGUUUUUGAAAAGCACUGUUUUUAAUAAUUUAUUUGCACAUUUGUGACCACAUUCCCUGUUAUGUCUAUUUAUGAACUGAAUCUACUCUUUUGUUUUUCCUUCUUCGUCUUGUUUUACCGACAAAUAAAACAGCCUGAACUGAUGAAAUAUCUUUGGGUUAGUUGUGCACUUUUGGACUGCUUUGAUCCAACU